AUGGAUGAGCAUUUCAUCCUCCGCGUGCCCCCUUCUGUGGCGGAGCAGAUCGAGCGCCUUAUGAACGAAUCCGCUGCCGGUUCAUCCUCCAACCCCGAGGACGCCUCCCUCAACCUCUCCUUCUCAGAUGAUGGAAGAAGUGGCACAUUUAUGAUUGGUAACCAGAGCUUUCCUGCAUCUCUCUUGGAUCUCCCAACUGUUGUGGAGUCAUAUAAGACAUAUGAUGAUUCAUUUUUAGUUAAAGCUGCUGAUAUUGGUCAGAUGGUAAUGGUAAGAGAAGAUGUUGAUCCUGCUCCUGAAGAAGUUGAAUACAAGCAUGGACUUACUCCUCCAAUGAGGGAUGCACGCAGGCGACGUUAUCGCAGAGAGCCUGACUUGAAUGCAGAGCUUGUUCACCGAGUUGAGAAGGAUCUUAUAAGUAUUAUGCAUGGAGUGUCUGUCAGUAUCCUUUUGAAGGUGGUGAAGGUGGGGGUGGUGAAGGUGGUGACCGCAAGAAAGCUGCACCAGCUCCUGCACCCAAGCCAGACGCUCAAGAGCCUGCUGCAAAUGGCGAAGAAGCUGAGCCUGAGAGGAGUGACUCUGAUGAUUCGGAGAACUGAAGUGGACCAGAAUAGAUAG